UGUUCCAUAAAUCCGUAUUCUAGGCUGGAUCUUUCCUUGCCAGAAAGUUCAGUUUCAGGAUGGUUUCUAUCGCUGGUUUGUGUGCCACUUUAUGAUGCCACAUAAAGAUUAAAAACCUAUUCGGCCUUCAGAGCCUCUUGCCUUCACUCUUAAUGUACACAGGUCCUCACUGUGCACCCUAUGGCUCAUAUCAUCAACUUAUUUUCCAUUCACUUCAAAUAUAUGUUCAGAUACUUUCCUUCAGAGACGGGGUUGCCAACUAAUGGAUAAAUAAUAGACUUGGCCUGCUCUUCUUCCUUCAAGAUAUUUUAAUAAUAAAAACCAGCAGGGACAAGGCAUAAUUUCUUUAUUUACGAAUGAAAUUAAACAUAAUCUCCAACUAUUUUUUUCAGGGAUAAGUACAAAAAAUAGUGAUGCAUCUAGAGAGAGAUACAUGUCUUUCUCUCACAGAAUUAUCCCUCGCACCCACCAUUUCCCCCUCAGCUUAAGUGCAAUUUUAAUUUAAUUUUAAAACGUAACUUUGAAGUGACACACCAUUUCCCCAAGAUACAUAAAAAUUGGUGAACAUUUUUGUUCCUCUUUUACUGUUUUAAUUUUUAAACAUAUUUAUCAAUACUGUAGGUUUAUAUCCUGCUUUCAAGGCCUAGAUACUUAGAAAGCAGCUCACAGUAGAGAAAAAAGCAAUGCCUAUAUUAUAUAAGAUGUUAUUCAAGAAAUGUAAUAAUUUACCAAUGUUGACUAAAUGCUAGAUGGGGACUUGGGAACUUUUCUACAACAGCCUAGCCUGCAGUUAAAAGAUAAGAAUGGCACAAUACAUUGCAAUCUGUAAUGUUAUAAACACACAAAAAUAACAGAUAAGUUUACCAAAAAAAAACUGCCAUUUUUUUUGGUUCCCUAAAGGCAAAAUUAUUACUGACUGAAAAUGUUAUUUACAACUGUCCAAAUUUCAGUUACUUUAACAAAACCGGCUUUGCAUAGCUAGUCAUAGCCAAAUCAGAGAAAAUAUCAAUGCUCAAAGCAGCAUUGCGUUUUAAUAUUUUCUCCCUGGGAAAGCUCUUCUGCAUAAAAAAUUAUCUUGACUAUGUAUACCUACCAUGGAACUAGUACAUAUAGUGUUUAAACUAUAUCUUUCAACAAAUUCUGAGGAACAACACUUUGUUUUAGCAUGAUACAAGACAGACUUGACAAGUAACAUAAGUAGAGAUGUUUCAAUAAUAAGAUGUCUGGCAUAUAAAUUUAAUAAAUAAAAAUACACUGAUGAAUUUAUAACUGGGAAGAGCUUAAAAUAUCAACAGUAUAUAAGCAAACUGAAAUUAUACAAACAGAACUAUUUAACCCAAACAUGACAUUUUCUAAGUCUAAGAUAGAAAUCUUAAACAUACGUACAAUAUAGCAAUAUUGUUAACAUAUUUAACAAUUUAAGAUUAAGCAUUGCUGAAUACAGUUCAUGGCCUUGUCUACAAAAAUGGCUGUAACAUUUGUGCAUGCAGAUCACAGAAUGCAGCCACUGCUAUGUGCUUUACAUUUUAACUAUGGCACUUCUUACCAUGUUAAAAAAAAUGCUAUUUCUCCCCAUGGAAAUUGCUUCUCACAUGACAAAGGAGUAGACCAUUAUGCUUAAGAUAACUAAAUGUAUACAUAUUACAUAUUUUUCUUUGAUAUACAGCAAACUGUGAAGCAAUCUUGCAACAUGAAGAAAACCAGUGUGGUGAAUCUUGACAAACUUUUAGAGGACUUCUCACAUAUAGAAAUGAAAAUAUCAGAACUUCAUGGAAAAAAUCAUCUUCUGAAUCUUGAGUUGGACAAAACAAAUAAAUUGAUGACAAUUAGCCAGUCAAGGGAAGAUAUGGCUAAACAAGACUGUGCUACAUUCCAGAAUGUGAUUAAAGGUCUUCAACAAACUAUAGAGGACCAAUAUAAUCUGAGAGAUGAAAAUGAGAAGCUCGAAAACACAGUCCAGAUUUUAAAAGAGAAAUUGAAGACUCAUGAAAAGGAACAUGAAAAUAUGGUUGAUAAACUCAUUAGAGAAAUAAAAAACAAGGAGAAGGAACACAACCACGAACAGAAUAAACUUCAGAGCAACAUGAACAAGCAACGUAAGCAUAAUAGAUGAUGUGUACACAGUGUUUGAAAGAUACAGAGUGUAAGGCAUAGCCUUCAUUGAGUGCACUAUUAAAUUAUUUUUCACUGAUAAAAGACAGAAUUACAUGUUACAAGUAUUUUGAAAAUAUCUCUUCCCAACUGAAAAAUAAAGUGUAAAGCUCUACAUGUAUGCUCUGCACAUCUUUAAUAACUUAUAUUCCAUUCUAGCAAAUUAGGCAGUUUCAAAUGAGUAACACAAUUUGUUCGUCUUGCCUUUCAGAUACGAACUGUGUCGUAAAAAAACUUUACAUCAGCUAAAAAACAAAAAACUUUGCUUCUGUUUAAAAACAGUAAAGAAAAUAUUAAAGUGAAAGGGAGGAAGGAGGAAGGAUUUCAUCAAGUUUGCAACAAAAUUUAUUGCUAUAAUUUACCCCCAAUUCAGACCAAGCUAGUCUCUGAGCAGCAGUUGGUGGUCCUUCAUGGACAGUUGAUGGAGAGAGCAAGAAUUAAGUGAUUUUCUACUCUUGACCCCAAAGCCACUGUAAAAAUAGGAUCUGAUUUUCUGUUUGGCAGGGAGGAGAUAAGCAAACUUGCAACAACAGCUGCUUUUGCUUUAGCUACUGUAGGGAGCCAGAUUGUCUUCUUCUUACUAGUAUGUUCUUUCUGGGAAGAAAGGUAUACAGUCCCCCCAGUGGCCCUUGACCUCCUUGGCAGAUGGAUGAGGACAGAAUGUGCUACUACUUAGUUCUCCAGUUCCAGACAACUGCUAAUUGUGGUGACAUGUUGUAUAUGAUAUGGAGACAUGAAGAAGAUAUGAAGAAUACCGAAGUAUUUGGGCUUGUCCCAUGCCUUCAGAGGGACUUUAUUUUGCAGAGUGAAUGCACAUUAUUUUCAAAAUAUUUAAUUUAAUUUUGUUACAAAAAUCUUAUUUUGUUAAC